GGCCUACAUCGUUUGAACUGAACACCUAAGUUCUAAACAUUACUGUCAUUAUGAUUAAGAAAACAUUAACGAUGAUUAAGAUUAACUAUUGUUAGUAUUAAAGUAGUAUUAGUUGAAAGUGAAUUAAGGCAUUUUCUGUAAUUGGUGUUCAAAGAAGAAACUAGAAGACACCACUGAGAGCCUUUUAUGACUUCAUAUUUGCCCAAUGAAUUGUAACAAAAUUUGUGCUUUUAUUUUUAAAAAAGCAGUUAAAACUGUUAUGUAUUUUACUUGUAUGUAGUCUUAGUAUUUAUUUUUCAUGAUAAUGCAAUACUUCAACUGAGUAAAGAUGGCUCAUCUCAACAGUGCUAGUGGUUGUCAAAAUAGUGUUGAAAAUGAUAUGAAAAUGGAAAGCAUUGAAAUGGCCAAUGGGAGUGAUAGAACUCCUACACAAUGUGAUGUUGCCUCAUCAGAAACACCUGAUGCUAUACCAUCGGAUGACAACCUCAAGUUUACAAUAUUUGAUUGUGUAUUACUUUUAUGGUGUCUUGGAAGUUUCGUUUUUGACACUGGUAGUGAUUUGGUAAUGUGUUUCUUGCAUUACCAUAAUGGGGACAUGUGGUAUUUUGGAUUAACUGUUACCUUUGUUGUUGUCCCUGCUUUAACGAUGACAGGCUUUAGUCUUCGUUGGUAUUUGUUAGAUGAAAACAACCAAGAAAUGACACCUGUGUCUCGUGCUCAGUGGAUUGUUCGUUUUGUUUUUCUCAUUCUGCAAUUAGGACCGAUAAUAAGAUACAUUGAUACUCUGUGGUAUGGAUUCAAGGUGCGAGCUUCAUCCAGAAAAGAAGCUUUGAAAGAAGUAAGAGAUUAUUACUGUAAAAUGGUCUAUGAAGAUUCAGAUGCAGCCAUGUUACGAUUGUUUGAAUGCUACAUGGAAUCUGCUCCACAAUUGGUGCUACAGUUGUUUAUUCAGGCUAAGAAUCCAUACCCUCUUCAACCACAUUGGAAAACCAUUGUUCCUUGGUUUUCCAUUCUGUUUUCCCUGAUUUCAUUAGCAACUUCUCUUGUUUCCUACCAGUCUGCACUACGUCGUUCUCUUCCUGAUAAAAGUGAUUUAUCAAGGAUUGGAAAAGUAGGGAUGUUCUUUUGGAGAUUCUUUGUUAUUGCUUCACGUGUAGUUGCUCUAUCUCUUUUUGCAUCUUACAGUCCAGUAGCCUUGGCUGUAUUUUGUGUAAUACACUGGCUUGCUAUGACCGGAUGGAUAAUCUCAAUGAAGACAAACUUUUAUGAUAAUAAGUAUGAAGAGUAUAUGUAUGAUGCUGUACUUGGGGUUCAAUUCAUAUUUUGCUAUUUCAACCCAGUGGACAGGCCUACUCGAUACAGAUACGCAAUAUAUUACUUCAUAACAUUUGUGGAAAACACCACCCUCAUGUUCAUUUGGUAUGCACACUCGGAUCCUGAAAUAUGGUAUCGUGUGGUCGCUCUGUGUUUGCAUUUCACCAGUUUUCCAGUUGGAAUUAUGUUUAUGUUGAUAUACUACCUCAGGUGUCAUCCCACUAGAAGUAUUGAAAUCUGGAGAUCAAAGGAAAAAAGAUGUCCACCUCAACAAAACCCUCACUCUCUGGAAGAGCAGGAAAAUCUUAAUCCUUCUGAUCAAAAACUAGAAGUUUCAGAAUACUGUGAGAAAAAAAAUGACACUAAGGAAGAGUUUGUUCCACAAAAGGAAAACUUGAAUGUGCCCUUGAAAGAAAAUGAUGUUGUCAUCCAGGAACUACCUUCUCAAAAUAAUCUUCUGCAGACUGAGAUAAGACCUAUCUUAGAACAAGACACUCACAAAACAACUCAAGUCUAAUGUAAUCUGAAAAAAAGAAUUAACAUUAAUCAUGGUUUAAUUCAAAAGUUUUCAGAAAGGUAGUCAUAGUUUUCAACUUUUAUUUGUCAAAGCUUUCAGUAUAUAUUCCAAAACAUACAUACCUCCGCUGACACUUAUAGCUAUUUCUCGAUCUUCAUCUUUGCCAUCUGAACAUCGUGUUCACUUUCUCCAGUCUUUAUACCCCACUUGACUGCUCUCGUUAAUAUCUAAUUUACAAAACUUUACACUGGCCCUCUAUGCAGGUACUGUGUAUAAGCGCUGUAUGUCGACAAUAUAAUCAUUUUUUCACGACAAAGCACUAGAAGUUGUGUUUUGCGGUCCACAUUUUCUUUUGAAGCAUUUUGACAGUAGUCUGGUGUGUUUUUUGUUUUUUUCCUGUUGCUGAUAUUUCAGUGUUUUUCUUUUGCGGUUUAACAACAAAAAAAGAAAUUCUGUUGUAAUGGUUUCUGGCACGGAGGUUAACCAGACCUCAUCCAUUCCUCCUUUGUUGUCUGGUGGUAGUUGAGGGUGGGGUAUAAAGACUGGAGCAAGUGAAUAUGAUGUUUAGAUGGCAAAGAUGAAGAUCGAGAAAUAGCUAUAAGUGUCAGCAAAGUUAAGUAUGUUUGGAAAUACAUUUUCAGAUUAGGAAAAUGAUAAAUUUAAUCAUGUACUAAAUUUUACAAAAAACAGAAUUAACUGAUUGCUACAAAAAACAAUCAGUUGGAAGAAAUUUCUAUCAUAUCAGGAUGUAAUAUUAGUAUCAGAAAUGAAACAUGCCUUAUUAUUUAUACAUGCAAAAGGUUUUUCAGUAACAUGUUUAAAUUAUUCAUCAUGCAUUUGUUUCUGUGACUAGUCGUAGUAGUGCUAUAUGUUGCAUAAUAUCUAACAUCUAUAAUGUAUUUGUAAAAACCUGUAACAAUGCUUGAAUUUGUUUUUAAGUGGUAGGCUUUGUUAUCAGUAACUGAAGAAUAAGUAAUUUUAGAGGUUAAACAAAUAUUUGUUCCGUUUCCUUACAUUAAACAGUAUUAAAAACUUGUGUGUGUACCAAAAGUAUGCUUUUAGUUUCCACUUUUGUGGCAAACAAAAUCCUCUACUCUAACUAGUAUUAUGAGCAUAAUUAUGCAAGCCAGUUGUUUUAAGUGCUGUUACUUGGCAUUAUUACAUAUCUGUUGCUAGCUUUUCUUCAUACUUUGAUACAGGCAUGUUUAUAUGUUGUGUACUAAAUAUAUUGUAACUAGGUGUUUUGUGUUAGUUCAUUUUUUGGCUUUUUAAAUAUUGGUUUGAUAAUACAUUCUAUAUAUAUUUGGUGUCCAUUGUUCACCUAGUUAUUAUUAUUGUUCUUUGAAUGAAUCAAUAAAAAACUUGUAACUGUAUUGUAAAUGUUAAGGUGCUUUUCAGUGUUGCAAAUAAGCAUUGUUCUCAAGAUUUUUUCAAUAUGUAAUGUGUAAACUCUUUGUUUAGAAAUACUUUUUGGUUGAAUGCCAAUUUAACUAAAAUACACACUUUGUGAUAAAUCUUUUUCAUCUUGAGUAUAAAUAAGAUUAUGAGACUAAGUAUUUUUUUAAAAAUUACUGUUAUUAUGAAAUUUUAAAUGCUAUUAUGAUAAGUUUCAUUAUGAACUAGGAGCUUUUGCACUCCGAACACUCAUGAUUGCACGUCAAAUUUGUAAUUAAUGUUUCUAACUGCUACUAUUUUUGAUUAUUCCAAGUCCCAUGUGAGAGUAAUUGAAUACAAUCAAUUAACGAGUUUCUGGACAGUGUCUUUUGUCAACCAUUUCAGUGGUUAACCUUACACAAUGAAAUUUACUGAUCUAUCUUUUAAUAUUAAAAAUGUGGUUGACAAAAUGAAGUUAUAUACCUUUGCUGACUACCAUAAUUUUUUCUAAAGUUUCUUUUGACAUGCACAGUUUCAAGAGAUCAUGGAUUGACAUGGAAGUUGGCACCUUAAGCAUUCACACUAAAAAUAAUAAAGAUGGCAAAAAAUUUCAAUAAUAUUAAUUAAAUAAAUUUCUUGAUUAUAAGAUCUUCUGAUAAGAAACUUGGUCACGAUAAUGUACAUGAAAGUAGAACAGUAGGAAAAUACUUGUAUAUUGAUAUCACUGAUUCUAAAGCUGAAGUUGAUAAAGUGGCGAGUGUUUUCAUGUAGCCAAGCAUGAUCCAAUGUUUAGCAUGCCAGACUGUAGAGCUGAGGCUCUGUAAUUUGGAUCCCAUUACUGCAAAAAUAAAAUCAAUCCUUAUUGAGUCUAUUCAUGCAUAAAUGAUAGUCAAAUCCCAUUAUUCAUUGUGACAAAAGUUAGCAGUGAAUGGUAUUGACUAUCUGCUUUCCCUCUCGUCUGUUACAUCAAAAUUAACGAUGGUUCAUUGAGAUAGCCCAAAUGUAACUUUGCACAAGAUCCAACAAAAAACAACCAAAUCAUUUGUUGUGAUGGGAAAAGUUAAAAUGGUUUACACUCUAUUCCGCUUUUAUGUGCUCCCUAUCUUAUUAUUAUAUCUUUCAUCAAUCUCAAAGUAUGUAUGUAUUUAUUUUAAUCUAUAAGAAAUACACAAUUUAGCUGGGACUUUUUAGCCUCCCUUCUGGCUCAUUCAAAGAAACUCCAAUAUUAGUCACAUACUUAGAAAAUUAUUAUCCUCUUGUCUUCAUUAUUAAAAAUAUUAAAAGGUUUCUUGAUAAACUUUUAAUCAAACAAAACUUGUAAUUCUUUCCAUCAAAAAAAAACAACAACACCAUAACCUUAGUCCUGCCAUACAUGAAGGUAUCAUUUGUUAAAGGUGACCAACUUCUAAGAAAAAAAAGUUCCAAAAAUUACUCUUAAGCUGCUUUCAGAAGUACUUUUAUACUUAGUCUUCCAAACCAGUAUUAAAUAGGUUGUUAAUUAUGUACAAGUAUACCUGUCCUAUAUGUUCAGAAUAUUUCAUUGGCUUUAGUACCUGAUGUUUGUGUCAAAAGAUUAGUUAUAAUGGAUCGUGUUUUCUACAUAACAGGUCAUGAGUUAUAACACAUAAGUGAUUCAGAUAUUACUGUUAGAAAGUAACAUUUUUUCUUCUGAUGAAAGAAUAUUGGAUAUCAAAGCAAUGUGCCCAAUUAUGUAAUAUCACAUAAAAUAUUACUGCAAGGUGUAAGAAAGAACAAAUAUUGCUGACAUUUUUCAGUGUCUUGGUAGUUGGCACUUCUGGCUAAUACUUUAUUUUUGGUUAAUAAGUUUUAUUUUGAUUAGUUAUGUAUUGCAUUCUUAGAUUUUAAAAGUUUGCAUUGAAAUUUAUUUUCCACCAUACCUAAUUUAAAGCUGUUACAGACAGAAUUUGUACAAAUACUUGUAUUGAAACGGUUAACUGCGACAUUAACUUGAACCAUUUUUAUAGAAGUGUUCUAUUUGAACAUGUGAAAUAGUCUGCUAUUUAGAAAUAAGAUUUUCUAAGACUUUGGGUGUAGAAUGCUAAAGCUAGCAGAGCCUGAUGUGAAGAAGUAAUAUGUGUGUGUAUGUGGUAUUGCAGAAACUAACACUUUACUAACAGAGCUAAUGAUGAUGAUAUGGGAUUUAUAUUCUAUUUUUCUUUUACUGGCUUAAUACGAGUUUCCAGAAAGAGUAGCAUAUAAAACAUAGUCUUAGUUCUAAUGAACUCUGGCAUUGAAGAAAUAGCCCAAAUGGCAUACAGUAAAUUAAGAAUUAGUUGAAAUGCUGUGAUACACUCUUCUUAUGAUAUUCAUUAUGACAUUAAACUUAAACUACAUCAUACUGAUGGUUUGUUUUUGACAAAUAAAAUUUCCAGAUGAAAUGUAAUUGGAACAUGAGGUUUGUGUUGCUAAAUCUUUGUGUCAUUGCAUUACAGAAUUAUGAAAAGAAUAAUUUCCUUAUGAUUAACAUGAAGAUUUUUAAAUUUAAGAUGUUUUAUUUCACUGAAGGUGUUCUAGAAGUAAUGCUGGAACAACAUAAAAAUGUGUUCAAAAUUUCAAUUCUAAGUAAGGAGUUAAUGGGCUACAUUUCACUCAAUUUACAAGAUAAUUGUUUGUCAUAUUUUCCAGAUGAAAUGUAAUUGGAACAUGAGGUUUGUGUUGCUAAAUCUUUGUGUCAAUGCAUUACAGAAUUAUGAAAAGAAUAAUUUCCUUAUGAUUAACAUGAAGAUUUUUAAAUUUAAGAUGUUUUAUUUCACUGAAGGUGUUCUAGAAGUAAUGCUGGAACAACAUAAAAAUGUGUUCAAAAUUUCAAUUCUAAGUAAGAAGUUAAUGGGCUACAUUU